UAUAUAUUUCUACACUUCUGCGUCCAGGCACAAAGGUGCCCUUACUUGUUACCGUGUCGCGACGCUUCCUUUACAGGCUUACGCUUUCUGUAGAACGGUUGCAAACUAAUUACACGCAUUGGCGUCUCCAACAUCAAAGAGUUGCUUUCAGAUAUCGCUAUUGGACAGCACGGCGCACUGCCAACCCUGACGCCUGACCUCUCACAACAAACGCCUUUUACAGCUGGACGCAAUUACCUUAUAGCGAAUUGCUGAGCGCUAGCCCACAGCGACCAUAGACGCGUGACACCUCGGCGUACGUUGCUUUGGGACCGAAAUGGCUGACGACGAGUGGUUGCGUUUCCAGGCGGAGCUAGCGGCUGUGGAGCAGCAAGCAGGCGACCCGGAGCCGACGCCUGCGGCCGCCUUGGCACCUCCGCCCACGCUGCCGCCACCUGCCAGGCCACCACCACCCACACGGCCUCCGCCGUCUGCAGUGGCUCAGGCACCGCCCGUGGUGACUAAGCCGCCAGCGCCAGCAUCCGCAGCCGCGCAGUUCUCAGCUCCGCCCGCCACGCUGCCGCCGCCCCCGCAGCCGCCCAUGUCUGCCGCCCCCCCGGUCAACCCGGGGGGCUACCAGCAGCCGGGCAUGUACGGCCAACCGGGUGGGUGCAGGCUGGGA